CUAUGUGAAUUUUUUUCUUUAGGAAUCCGGGGAUGAAGAUGAUAAAACAAAAAUUAUAAAGCUGCUGCCAAAGAAAUCUCAAACUGUAACUCAAGCUCAUAUGUGUAACUACUGUAACUAUACAAGUCCUAAAAGAUACCUGCUGUCUCGACACAUGAAGUCACACUCAGAAGAAAGGCCACACAAGUGCAGCGUGUGUGAGAGAGGGUUCAAGACGUUAGCAUCUCUGCAGAAUCAUGUCAACACUCACACAGGAACCAAACCUCACAGGUGUAAAUACUGUGACAGUGCCUUCACAACAUCUGGUGAGCUGGUACGCCAUGUGAGAUACAAGCACACCCAUGAGAAGCCCCACAAGUGUACGAUCUGUGAGUACGCCAGUGUUGAGCUGAGUAAGAUGAGGAACCAUAUGCGCUGCCACACAGGAGAGCGACCGUACCAGUGUCCGCACUGCACCUACGCAAGCCCGGACACGUUCAAGCUCAAACGUCAUCUUAGGAUACACACAGGAGAAAAACCGUAUGAGUGCGAUAUCUGUCACGCCAGGUUCACACAGUCUAACAGUCUCAAGGCCCACAAACUUAUACACAGUGCCGGCGACAAGCCCGUGUUCCACUGCGAACUGUGUCCGGCCACAUGCGGCCGCAAGACUGACCUCAGGAUACACGUGCAGAAGCUGCACACCUCUGACAAGCCGCUCAAGUGUAGACAAUGCGGCAAACAGUUCCCCGACAGAUACACGUACAAGGUUCACAACAAAUCACACGAAGGGGAGAAGUGCUGGAGAUGUGAGCUGUGCCCUUACGCCUCGGUCUCCCAGAGACACCUAGAGUCUCACAUGCUCAUCCACACGGACCAGAAGCCCUAUCAUUGCGACAAGUGUGAUCAGUCUUUCCGGCAGAAACAGCUACUUAAGAGGCAUCAAAACCUAUACCACAACCCUAACUACAUACCACCGGCACCAAGAGAGAAGACUCACGAGUGUCCAGAAUGCCAGAGGGCGUUUAGGCACAAAGGCAACCUGAUCCGGCAUAUGUCCGUGCAUGAUCCAGAGUCAGCAGCCCAUGAGAAGGCUAUUGCCCUGAAAAUUGGACGACAGAAAAAGGUCCAGAUCAUUGAUGGUCAGCAGGUGGAAGUGAUGCCAGGGGAGGACGAGGAUGAAGAAGAUGAAGAUGUGGAUGGGUCGAUGAUGGCUAUGCAGGGAUCGGACGGGCAACAGUAUGUUGUUCUGGAAGUUAUCCAACUACAGGAUGGAGAGGGCCAGGUGGCGUUGAUGGCAGGGCAAGGGAUAGAGCAAGCGGUAGCAGCCCUACAGAGUGGUGCAGGUGGUACACAGGUGGUGGUCAGGAACCAACUUAUGAACCAGCACAUCACACCAGACGACCAAUUGGAGGAAGAGGAAGAGGUGUUGCUCAGCUCUCAGCCCAAGGCUGUUCCACAGCAGAAUGACAUGCAGAACUGUUUUGGGUUUGAUGAGGAUGAUGAUGAGGAACCUGAAGUAAAAUCUAAACCUGACAUUCACAUUCUGCAAAGUGCCAUGCGUUAAAGUUUUGUUUUUGUUUCAGGAUUUCUGUUGAAUUGGAAGUUCUGACUCUGUGAUUCCCCCUAGCAAUAAGAUUGAUGAAUUAUUUUAACUACCAGAACAUCCUUGCAUGUCCUUUAUUUUACAAUCUUUAAGGUCAUUUUGCAUAUUGUUACUGUUCUUAAUAUUUUUUUAAAAUUUUUUCUUAAUAAAUUUUUUUAUUUAUUUGUAUGAAAUUGUUUUAUUGUAAAACUUAUAUGAUAGUAAUUUUUCCUAAGUUGUUUGUUAAUUUUGACAAUCAAAUUUUUUAGAUUCAUUUUUCAUAAUAUGACGCCAGUUAUUUUUACUUUGUUUUGUAUGCUGUUAUGAUUAGUGUAUUUUUAUAUACUAGUCAAUUUUAAGCUAGUGCAUUACUGUACAACUCAGUCUGAAUGGCAUUUUCUUAUUUAUUUAAUAGUUAUUUAUUCAGACAUGACAUUCUUUGAUUAUUUAAUUGUUUACCGAAGUAUGUUGAUAUUUAUUUAUUUUGUAGUGCAAAUUUAAGCCUACAAUUUGUUUUGUUAUGAAAAGUAGUAUUGAGAUUGAUCACUUUGAUGUACAGUAAGUUACAUGUACAUAAUGUCUAUAGUGUGUUGUCCUAGUUUAAAAAUAGUUUUGUAACAUAUCGAAUUUAUGUUGUUUAUAUUAAAAUAAUAAUGUAUUUUUAUGAGAUUUAGAGCAUAAUUGGAAUUUGUGAUUUCGUAUUGUGCAUAAUAAGUGAAAACAAAAUUAUGUUUAUAAUAUAAAGAACCAAUGUUUCUGUCCUCUGGACAGGGACGCUGCAUUAUAAUGAAUCUUGUGUAUCACAAGCUAUGAACUGUGUACAUUCUUGUUGUAAUUGUCAUUUUACUUGUAGAUAAUGUACAAAACCUUAGUUAUGAUUGAUUGUACUGGAAGUAAUUAAAGUACAAUUUUAACUUGUCUUUAA